UAGGAUUUCAUCCCCAUCCCAAUUUCCGGUUAUGGCAGAAACCGGAUAUCGGAUUUUUCGGUUCAAUCUAAUAUGUGUCGGUUGAACCAUAUUUAAAACCUUAACCAACUGUAACAAACUCGUAAUCCAUAUCCUUGAAACCUCGUAAAUUUCACAACACCACUAAAACCAUAACGGUUCUUCUUCGUUCUUAUUCCUCAAUUUGAAUAACUGAAAUUGGAGCCAGAAUCCACCAUUCUCAUUUACUCAGACACUGUUGGAAAAAUGAUCAAAAUCUGAUGUCAAAGGUUUCUGUUUUUCAUUUUUUCUUUACAUUGUGUACACCACCUGCUCGAUAAAAUGUCUGUGAUAGCUAUUCUUUGACAUUGGUUCUCUACCUUGUUAUUCUCUAUUCCAAGGCAUUCAAUAUUCCUCUGUUGUGCUUGGUGUGUGUUGAGCUUAUGAACAUGAAAAUGUUAAGAUUGGGAGCUAGAGUUUCCGUCAGCAACAGUCAGAUACCGGCAACAUCAAGUGUUGUAUCAACCAUCAAGACCGAAGAGUUAAUGAAUGAUCACAUAAAUUCCCUAUGUAGAAAUAGUUUCUACAGGGAAGCACUUGAAGCGUUUGAUUUUGCACAGAAGAACUCAAGCUUCAAGAUAAGGUUAAGAACCUAUAUCUCUUUAAUUUGUGCUUGCUCUUCAUCGAGAUCUCUAGCACAAGGUAGAAAGAUACAUGAUCACAUUUUGAAUUCCAACUGCAAGUAUGAUACUAUUCUUAAUAACCACAUUCUUAGUAUGUAUGGGAAAUGUGGCUCGCUGAGGGAUGCUAGAGAAGUUUUUGAUUUUAUGCCUGAAAGGAAUUUGGUCUCUUACACAUCUGUCAUUACUGGCUAUUCACAGAACGGUCAGGAAGCCGAGGCAAUCACAUUGUACUUGAAAAUGCUUCAGGCAGAUUUAGUUCCUGACCAGUUUGCAUUUGGAAGUAUCAUCAAAGCAUGUGCUUGUGCUGGUGAUGUUGUGUUAGGGAAGCAACUGCAUGCUCAAGUCAUUAAGUUGGAAUCCAGUUCUCAUCUUAUUGCUCAAAAUGCUCUGAUUGCUAUGUAUGUUCGCUUCAAUCAAAUGUCAGAUGCUAGCAAAGUGUUCUAUGGUAUCCCAGCGAAGGAUCUUAUUUCGUGGAGCUCAAUCAUCGCAGGGUUCUCGCAACUUGGGUUUGAGUUUGAAGCCCUGAGUCACCUAAAAGAAAUGUUGUCUUUUGGUGUUUUCCAUCCAAAUGAAUAUAUAUUUGGUAGUUCUUUAAAAGCUUGUAGCAGUCUCCUUAGACCAGAUUAUGGUAGCCAAAUACAUGGGUUAUGCAUUAAGUUGGAGUUAACUGGAAACGCUAUUGCAGGCUGUUCACUCUGUGACAUGUAUGCUAGAUGCGGUUUCCUGGAUUCUGCAAGGAGAGUAUUUAAUCAAAUAGAAAGACCUGAUACAGCAUCAUGGAAUGUGAUCAUUGCUGGACUUGCAAAUAAUGGUUACGCUGAUGAAGCUGUAUCAGUUUUCUCUGAGAUGAGGAAUUCUGGUUUUAUUCCUGAUGCCAUCUCCUUGCGUUCUUUGCUUUGUGCUCAGACAAAACCAAUGGCUUUGUGUCAAGGUAUGCAAAUUCACUCUUUCAUUAUCAAGUGUGGUUUCCUGGCAGAUCUUUCGGUUUGCAACUCUCUGCUUACCAUGUACACAUUCUGCUCGGACUUGUAUUGUUGCUUUAAUUUAUUUGAAGACUUCAGAAACAAAGCGGAUUCUGUUUCUUGGAAUGCUAUUUUGACAGCAUGUUUGCAACACGAACAGCCAGUAGAGAUGUUGAGAUUGUUUAAGCUGAUGCUUGUGUCUGAAUGCGAGCCAGAUCACAUAACCAUGGGUAAUCUGUUACGGGGCUGUGUGGAAAUCUCAUCUCUAAAAUUGGGAAGUCAAGUACAUUGCUAUAGUUGGAAAACCGGGUUGGUGCUUGAGCAAUUUAUAAAAAAUGGACUGAUUGAUAUGUAUGCCAAAUGUGGAUCACUGAGGCAAGCGAGAAGGAUUUUUGAUUCAAUGGAUAACGGAGAUGUAGUUUCGUGGAGCACCUUGAUAGUUGGAUAUGCACAGUCUGGAUUUGGAGAGGAAGCUCUCAUAUUGUUCAGGGAAAUGAAAAGUUCGGGCAUAGAGCCAAAUCAUGUAACAUUUGUCGGUGUUCUUACUGCCUGUAGUCAUGUUGGGCUGGUGGAAGAAGGCUUGAAGCUGUAUGCAAUCAUGCAAACUGAACACGGGAUUUCACCAACAAAAGAGCACUGCUCUUGCGUGGUCGAUUUGCUGGCUCGUGCUGGCCAUUUAAAUGAAGCUGAGAGAUUCAUCGAUGAAAUGAAGUUGGAACCUGAUGUUGUUGUGUGGAAGACUCUACUGUCUGCAUGUAAAACACAAGGAAAUGUUGAUCUUGCCCAAAAAGCUGCUGAAAAUAUUCUGAAGAUCGAUCCUUUCAACUCUACAGCUCAUGUAUUGCUCUGCAGCAUGCAUGCUUCUUCUGGAAAUUGGGAAGAUGCUGCAUUGUUGAGGAGCUCAAUGAAAAAGCAUGAUGUUAAAAAAAUUCCAGGACAGAGCUGGAUCGAUGUUGAGGACAAAAUUCAUAUAUUCUUUGCUGAAGAUGUUCUUCAUCCAGAGAGGGAUGAUAUAUAUACAGUCCUGCACAACAUCUGGUCGCAGAUGCUAGAUGAGUGUAAUCCCCAACACAAGAAAAGAUUCCAGUUUAUCCAUGAAACCGAAAAAACAAACAUUUAAGUGACGUUUUUUCUUCUAAGAGAAGCACAGAGAAUGCCAUUGUGUCUCAUCUUUUGGAAAUGUGGAGAACUAACUGGUUACCACAUUGGAUUGCAACACUCAAGCGGGACGGGAUACAGAUUCAGUGCUAUAUGAAUUACUAAGAAGGAUACAUCUCAACUUAUCUGAAGAGUACAAAUUUGAGUUAAGAUGAUUUGAAGAAGGCCGUGAAGGAUAUCUUCUGGGUAUGAAAAUGUAAAAGCUCCAGAAACACAAAGCAUUGGCUCCUUGAGGCUCUUACAAGUGAAGAUGGAGCUUCUUUCUUCUUAUACGUCAAGAAAUGGAUUAAACACUGGACUAAGAAUCUGGAAAUCUCAUCGCAAAACGAAUCAAAACGAUGAAAUUGGUCUCUUAUACAUCUGUGAUUGAGAUACAACAAUGAGGGUGAUUGAGAUCUGUUUGUAAUAAUCAAAUCUUGACUCUCCUUGUGUCUUGAUUUUGGUGUAUAUAUACAAAUGUUCAUAACA